CUCCAAUUUUUCGUCGGUCCGACCAAAAAUUAUCCAGCGAAUUAGUAUGCAGACCUUCAUCAGAUACUUAACUAUUUUCAUGCUGGGGACACCGCUGUCUUUGGCUCGUAGGGAAUGCGUUUCAACAGAAAUACUUAGCGUUCGACAUGGACAAAGGGGUGGCUAUGCCACCUUAAAUUGUACUUUUCUUAAUGAGACUUUUGUUGACAUUAAUAUUGUUCUUCUGCAAACUUUGACGAAUCCUAUGUGGGGUAUUGAAUUCAGAAGAUGGGGUCCUGGAAAAGGCUCGACGAAUUUCCUCAACACAUCAACUUUAGUUUGUGAAGUGGAGCGCCUGUCAAGACGAAAUGUGUUUCUGAAAGGAUUUCACGAGGCGGCCAAGGAAAUGACUAACUUCACUUUGGCAUGCCCCAUACCAGCUGGGCCGUAUUUUAUAAGAUUCAGCAUGGACGGUUUGAAGAAAAUAUUUCCUGGACGUUUAUUCUACCAACCGGAUACGUUUAUAAUGGUAUUCUUUAGAUUUUACGAACAAAAACAAAAGAGAAAUCACACAUUUUUUGCACAUACUUUAUUCAACUUUAAAAUAAAGCGCUAUUGCUAGUGUCAAGUGACAGCUCAAAAUAAUAAAAUUUUUGGGCUCUUGAAGGAGACGAACAAUAAAUCCCAGAUACGGCGAUGAAGACCUUUAUGCA